UACACUAUUCAGUAUGGACUAUAUAUAUAAUAAUUAUAACAAACUAACAAAGUUCUAGUAUUCUCUGAUUAAGACAAAUAAACAACAUUGUCUUACAUAAUCACAUUUGCCAAAUAAGCUAAAGGGUAGGGGUUUCUGGGGACUAACAUGGCGUUCUGUGAACUGAAGCUUAUCCCAACAGCAGAGAGGAAACCACAGUAUGUGAAGUAGGAAGUAGAUAAAUAAGUCUGCGUACUGUGUGGAGGUUAAACAAAAGGUCGACAGCAAUAAGAGCAGUUUCCCUGAGACUCUUCUCCACAAUGAAGUUUAUAAACUGCAUUUUCUGUCUGCUGGCAAGCUGUAUUUGUCAAGACAGCGUCCGAGUGGUGCAACACGCGGGGACGUGCACCUGGAGUCUUGCGGCGGAGGGGAACGAGAGCCGGCCGGUUUCUCUCGUACGGGAGGCCAAAGAUCAGCUGUUGGACCAGGUGUGUGCGGACCUGGGCUGCGGCCGGGUGUACCCUUUCACUGAGAACGGCCACACCAGCAUCAUCAACACCGGCAGCAGCGCCUGCCUAACCGACUGCUCUUACCGCGACCGACGUCUUUUCAACUGCACCGAGACGGUUGGGGAUAACUGCUCGGUUGUUCCUGAAAUUGUUUGUGGCCACCAGGUGGCGCGGCUGGCGGGCGGCGCUCACAGCUGCGGCGGCCGGGUGGAGCUGUGGUCUGGCGGCGGCUGGGGGACGGUGUGCGACGACCGCUGGGACCUGGCCGACGCCGACGUGGUCUGUCGCCAGCUGGGCUGCGGCUACGCGGUCAACGUUUCGGGGCAGGGAGGGUCGUUUCCCCCGGCGACGGCGGGACCCGUCCACCUGGACGAGCUGAUGUGCACCGGGGCGGAGAGCAGCCUGUGGGCGUGUCCCGUGGCACCGGACGGAGUUCACCACGACUGCGGCCACAAGGAGGACGCCGGGGUGGUGUGCUCAGAGAUGAGAGCCGUGCGUCUAACCGGCGGCGCAGACCGCUGCUCCGGUAAGGUGGAGAUCCACCUCAACGGGACAUGGGGGACGGUGUGCGACACCUGCUGGGACCGACAGACGGCCGCCAUGGUGUGCUCCAUGCUGGGCUGUGGGGCCCAGCCCCAGAAAUACACCCAAUUCGAGGCCCACCUGACGGCGCACAACGAAGGCCCGCUGUGGUACUACCAGUGCGCCGACGGGCACACAGAUCUCUGGCAGUGCCGAGAGUUCAUCAACUCGAAGCACCUCUGUACGAGCUCGAAGGCGGCAGUGCUGGUCUGUGCUGGCUCACAAGGGUUUCCUACAAUCUCCAUCUCAGCGAAUGUAACGUCAGUGACUGGACUGACGACUGCUGGCACAACAACAGGAAGUGCCCCAGACCACUUCCUGUUCCCCUUGUCUCCCGAGCUGAUUGGCUGCGUGGCUCUGUCAGUCAUGGUGCUGGUGAUGCUCACGGUUAACUGCGUCCUCUGCCGCCAGAGUAGAAGAAAAAAAAAAGCUUGCAUGAGACAGCAGAGAAAUCAGCAUGAAGAUAGGGCUUUGAAUGACUACAGAGAGGCCCUCAGUCUGGUCAAGAUCGCCCCCAUCGGGAGCCCUGUCCUCUCCAAGCCCAGUGGCAUGCUAGCCCCACACCACGGCCCUUAUCAGCCAAGCCAUCCACCUCCUGUCCACAUGUCCACCUUUAACAAUUCCCAGCGGCGCAGGCACGCCCGGGGCAGCCCUGCCACGGGCUCAGCCGUGAACACCCUGUACCAUGACGGAACACCAAACGACACGAGAGCCAUGACAUACAAACAUCAAAGCCUCCAUCCCAGCGUGGACUCGUUUGAAUCCUCCACCUCUUCCUCUGGGGAUGAACUCUACGGGAACACUGCGGACCAGAAGGAGGACCAGGUAACGAAUGCCUCAAGCAGCCACCAGCUGCCACCUAGAGGGAUGACGUCAACCAUGUUGGACCCAGGUCAUGGGGGUGAUGAUGGGGUUGACGAUGAAGACGAUAUCUAUUCCCCAGUCAGCCCUGAAACCCACUCCUCUUCUACGGAUGAUUACGACGAUAUACUCAAUCCAUAAACACUGGAUGAGGUGAACUUUGACCUCAAGAUGCAUGGAAUGUAAAAAUAUCAGACACUGCGCACAAUUCCUUAUUUUAGUAUUAUUUUAUAUAAACACAAGAGGUAAUAAAUUGUUACCUUGAAUAUAAGAAUUUUUUAUUUAACAUUGGACAUUUUUUUGGUUUAUGUCUUUAUUUUCUCAACCACCCUGGAUAUUGUAUUGCUGGAUGCUAAUUAACAGUCAGCAACGAUGGACCUGUCUCAGAAAGCAUAAAUAAUUAAAUAAAUAAAUAUCACCUCCGCCACAAGGGGGAACUGUAGGUUCAUAUCUAAAUACAUCACUUCUAGGAAAAAAUGCUUAUUCGCAAAGUCAACAGGAAUAGCGUGUCCGUAUGUUUUUUUUUUUAGUUUUUGUUUAAAUGAACCUUCAAUUAUGUUUUCCAACGAAUAAUCACUUGUGACAAAAAUGUAUUCAUACUUAAGUCAGCGGUGGUUGGGGAAGGAAGAAAAGUAAAAACAACUUUAAAGGGGAAUGGGAACUCAGAAGUGUCCGUAGUGUGAUCAAGGAGGACUAAUAGGUGAAGCGACAUCAGGUUAGUUUGAAACCAGAGGCCCCGGUAAAGGUCCUUCUUUGUUCAUUAGCAUAAGGGACGUUUGGUUUGCAGCAGCUGUACAGCAUCAAGCCAGCAUGUGUAUGCUGGAUACCGCGAGAUCUCACAACAUCAGUAGACACGACGACUGCUGCAAAGCGUAUCUUUUGCGCAGUGACGGUGUGACGCACUGACUAUUGUUUUAAGGAAUGUAAAAGAGUUCAUCUGAUUCUGUCUCGAUGCGCAUAAAGCGAGCGAUAGGUACUGUUAGGACUGUAGGCCUUCAUCUAUCUAUAAUGGAAUUCAUGUGUUGGAUACAUUCAGGCAUGUAGGCCUAUGUCAAGCAAGCUAGAUUUAAGAGAGAUGGAUGAUAUGAUAAUGCUUCCGACUCGGUGGGAGGUUUUUAAGUAUGAAGAUAACGUGGGGAGAAAGAGGUUGUGCGACAGACAUGCACGUUUUUUCCGUUGUACACAAAUAGGCCUCUGUGAAAUGGUCUCAAAAUUCCAUGAUUAACUUACAUGUGAUUAUUUCUUUCCUUAGAACCGUAUCUGAAUGGAAAUGAAGUACUAAAAGUGGAAGAAUCCCUUUAUAGACAGCACAACAGUGAAUAUAAAUAUAUUUAUCAUUUAUAAAAAACUUUUUACACUAAAUGUUCGAAAAUAGUUAAGUAUUUUACGUUUAUCUAUUAUUGUAGAACUUCACCUAAUAUUAACCUUUGAAAUUCUGUUUGUUUAGCAUUUAGCAAAAAAAGGCGAAAUCUCCUUGAAUAACAUUCAUGGAUUAAUCUCAGCUUUUUAAGACCUUAAUUAAACAGAGCUCAAACUAGCGCUUUUACACAGAAGACUUUGACAGCAUCAUACAUGAAGUAUUAAGUAUUAAGCAGGUGGAAGGGACAGAUGUCUCAUGAUGAGCCAACAGCCUUCCUGCUGGGAUUCCCCCACCUCAGCAGAUAGACUAGCUUGGCACGGGUUCUGACGUUCUCUGCUGGAUAAAAAGAAGCUAAAAAAACAACGAAACAAAUUAAUGUCCGGAGCUUUCUCUCUCUGUAAAACUCAAACUCUCUCCGGUUGUCAAACUGCCAUAACAAACUUUAAUAAACCUUUCUAAUUGAAGGAGAGAA